UUCAGCCCGGGGAGUUCUAGUCCCUAGCUCUAUUACUGAGCAGCUUAACUGGCUGGCUUAACUGGCUCUGACUGCUCUUUCAGCCCUGAACAGAGGGAAGUGCCUGGGGCUAUUUCCCUGAAGCUGGGAGUCAAUGCACUGUUUGCUCUAAAGCCCCGCCUGCCCUUGGGGCUGCCCACUCCCUCUUCUGAUCCCCCAGUGGGGGAGAGACCUGUCAAAGCAGGGCCAGGACUACAUCUCCCAGAGUGCCUGUCAGAGUGGUGGCCUCUGUGCGCCGGCUGCACCAGUUGCAGGCAACAAUGCAGCGGACUGUGAGCAUGGUGUCCCGUAUGGGCUUGCGUCUGCAGGCACUCCCCUUGUCCCUGGGCCGUCCACUCAGUUGUGCACAGGAUGUGCUCCGCAGGACACCACUCUAUGACUUCCACCUUGCCCAUGGCGGGAAGAUGGUGGCAUUCGCAGGCUGGAGUCUGCCUGUGCAGUACCGGGACAGCCACGUUGAUUCACACCUGCAUACACGCCAGCACUGCUCGCUCUUUGACGUGUCCCACAUGCUGCAGACCAAGAUAUUUGGCAGUGACCGGGUGAAGAUGAUGGAGAGUCUAGUAGUUGGAGAUAUUGCCGAGUUAAAGCCAAAUCAGGGAACACUGUCACUGUUUACCAAUGAGGCUGGAGGCAUCUUAGAUGACUUGAUUGUGACCAACACUUCUGAAGGACACCUGUAUGUGGUAUCUAAUGCUGGCUGCCGGGAGAAGGACCUGACCCUCAUGCAGGAUAGGGUUAGGGAGCUUCAGAACACAGGUGGUGAUAUAGGCCUGGAGGUGAUGGAUAAUGCUCUGCUAGCCCUACAAGGUCCCACUGCAGCCCAGGUGCUACAGGCUGGCGUGACAGAUGAUCUGAGGAAACUGCCCUUCAUGACCAGUGCUGUGAUGGAGGUGUUUGGCGUGUCUGGCUGCCGUGUGACCCGCUGUGGCUACACAGGAGAGGAUGGUGUGGAGAUCUCGGUGCCAGCAGCGGAGGCAGUCCGCCUAGCAACAGCUCUGUUGGAAAACCCAGAGGUGAAGCUGGCAGGGCUGGCGGCCCGGGACAGCUUGCGCCUAGAGGCAGGCCUCUGCCUGUAUGGGAACGACAUUGAUGAACACACCACACCUGUGGAAGGCAGCCUCAGCUGGACACUGGGGAAGCGCCGCCGAGCUGCAAUGGACUUCCCAGGAGCCUCGGUUAUUGUUCCUCAACUGAAGAGUAAGGUGCAGCGGAGGCGUGUGGGGUUAACAUGUGAGGGUGCUCCCGUGCGAGCGCACAGUCCCAUCCUGAGUACAGAGGGCACCGUGAUUGGUACUGUGACCAGUGGUUGCCCCUCGCCCUGCCUGAAGAAGAAUGUGGCAAUGGGUUAUGUGCCCUAUGAGCAUAGUCGGCCAGGUACCCUGCUGCUGGUAGAGGUGCGGCGGAAGCAGCAGGUGGCUGUGGUCAGCAAGAUGCCCUUUGUGCCGACAAGCUACUAUACCCUUAAGUGAGAAUGACUUGGGGCAGGGCCAUCCCCUCCAGGAGCCUGGCCCUGGAAGGCAUUCUAUAAGGGGUUAGUCAUCUACUUGGUAUAGGUGGCCUGGGUGGAGGCUGGUUCUGGUUGUCUGGGAGAAGGGGGGGAUACACCACCUAUUCCCACUUCAUCUGUGACACUGCAACUUCAAGACCCCAUUUCUGAGUGAUAGGCCAGCCCAAGCUCCCACUGAUCUCACUCUUGCCAGCUGGAGAAGCAUCAGUUUUGGCACCUUUCCCUCCCACUCUGCCAGGUGCUGGCUGUGAGGCAAAGGCUCACCUUUAGGGGGAGGAUAAAGGCUGCCCAACCUACCUCACAACAGUUUCUCACACUGCAAAGGGUUAUUGCCUUGGGCAGUGCUGGCUACCUCCUCUAGUUCACUUUCCACGAAUGCAAACUGUUGCCUCUCCCUGGGCAGGAAUGAUUCCUGACUCACAGGGGGUUGGCCCAGGAGGGCUGCUGUGCCCAUGUGUAAACCUGGGGAUGACUGAGGGGGCGUAGACUCACUCUUCCAUUCUCCAUUUGGCCCAUCCUGCUGCCCAGUAGCCAACCAUGCCAAGCUCACCACCUGUUCUGAGCCCUAGGGCUAUUGUUGGGCAGGAUGGGCUUCCUCCUGGACUUGCCUUAUCUUGGACUGACCUUUGCCCCUGGGACUUAUUACUGGACUCUACCAACUUUGAAAACAUUAAAUUAGCUUCUUCCUCUUGCU